AUGAACAAAGAAAAUUUCGGUGUAGGACAACUAUCAGAUGAACAAAAGGCUCGAAUUUCCGCAAAUUUCAGAGCUGCGAAGGCUCUUCUUGAUCGCAAACGCCCCCGAGAUGCCUCCAUGGCCUCCAAUUCGUUUCCUCGAAAAAUCGGGGUUGUGAAGGGGGUUGAAACUCCACCGAUUGUUAGCAGUGUCAAUAGACUGCCUCUUGCAGACAUUUCAGUGAACACUCCCACUCCAGUUAGGGAUCUUAAGUUAAAUCAGAGCGGGUGUCUCAGCAGUUCACGUUUCAAGGUGCCUUCUGUUGGUAAAAGCGAUGGUGGUUUGUUUGCCAUGACGAGGGUUUUGCCAGAUGAGAAUUAA